CCAUUGCACUGCUUCCUCCCUCUGUCCAACAACUCCCUUCGUCUCUCAGAUGCCCAACCCCACACGUCAUACUACCAUGUCCUCAUCAAAGAGAAAGAACACAGAGGGACCUAAGGUCGGAUUGGAUUAUGCCAAGGCCGAUGUCGAGGCCGGUGUCGAGGGACCAUUCCUUGCCGUCUUUCCUGGAGUCACCCCACCAAAGACGACGCCCUUCAACGUAUACACACCCGACGUUGAGGAUAGUAAGACCAAGAAGAAGAGACGUAUCAUCGAGGCGGACACAGGAAAGGUCGAGUUUGUGGGACAGAACUUUGGAGAGAAUGCUCGUCAGGGGUUCUGCAGAUAUGUAAUUGCAAUUCGCGACAAAGUGACAGACAAGGUCACUUUCAAGGACGCACCCGUCAUUGCUGUUAACCGCACAAUCAAAUCACUGAAGAACGCGAAACUUCACGCAUCAUCCAGCAGGGAUCAGUAUUUCCAAGCCAAGAACACAUUGGGAGAGGCGUUUGGUACCAAAAAGAUCAAGCAGCAGAUCAAGUCUGUGGAACGCAAUGCAGUCAACGUCAGCACGCUGGACAGUGUCGCAGGAAUUCUUCAGGACUCAAUCUCAGCCAGGACCAGUGCUCUUCCUUCCAAAGCCGAGAUCAAGGCCAAGGCCGACGAGGACAGACCUAUUCCUCCCUACGAUCUGGAAGCCACGAAGGUCGAGGAUAUUUACAAACUCGAUACUCUCAUCACACCAGCAGAAUACCAACUUAUUCCUGUCAAAUCGCUUUUGGAGAAAGGCUCUCAGGCCAUCAGUGCUUUGCCAUUCCAGGGAUCGACCUACGUCAAUGAUGCUAUUACGGCAGCGUUAUCUGUCAGCAAAAAGGAUCGUCAUAGGAUUCGCCUCUUCAUGUACAUCAGCUACUUGAUGGCUUUCAGAACCGUCCCUGACAAGAAAUUGGAUGACAAUGAGACGCUCAAGAGAGUCAUGGGCGAUGUACCAAGUUUGAUUCUAGAGAAUUUUUACGACCGGUUUACGGAGACGCCUCAGGGAGGAGAUAAGAAGAGACACACAUUCACACCAAAGUCAAAGGACAAGUUGCUUUGCUGGAUUCUUGCUAUCGCAUUGACACUCGAGAACUUCAACAUGGACGCAGCAGUCAUGACCAGAGAUCUGUCGCUUAAACAGACUAAGAUCAACGAGUUGUACAAGUCGCUGGGCUGCAAGAUUAGCGAGCCGAGCGCGAGCCAGAAGGCUCAGAGUGGACUUGAAGGUGAGGAGGCCAAGCGGUUGAAGCGGGCCAUCCUGACUGUUCCCUUGGCCUUCCCUCUGCCCAAGCGUGGACCCAGGGCUAAGUAGGUGACAAAGUUGCCAGCUUUUAUUGCACCAAUAAUCCACUUUGCAUACUCAUCCGAAAUAAAUCAGAUAACC